UUUUUUAUCCACAUCGGACACAUCUGUCCCAUUACAUUUACGUAUACUGAAUCACGUGAUCAAAGAUUUUUUACAUCUCAGAUGCAUCCGAUGUGGAUUCUCAAACGCAGCAUAAUGUUGGUACAACUAUUGACGUAUCGUAUUGUCAUUGUCAGUUGUCAAUAAUUUUGUCAAUUGUUUAUUUGUGUAAUCGGCUUUUGUGGGUGAUUUGAUAAAUUUUUAUUUAUUUCAACAAUGGAUUUAGUAAAUGAUGGUGAUUUGAUGCAGGGUGGUAACGAGUACUCUUUAAGUUCUCACAGUAAUCUCGGAGAUAGUGCUGAUGUUACAAGACGAAGAAGUUCAAACCGUUCUAUAAAACGUAGAAAAUUUGAUGACGAACUAGUGGAGUAUAGUCUGGGUAUGCCAGGUAUUUCUAACAUAAAGAGUGGCAGGUCUCGCACACAUUCGGCCCAUUCAGAAUUCUCGGCUACUUCUCCUUCUACUCCUCCUUCUUUACCACAACCCUCAACUUCUCAAACAUUUAUAGAUCCAAAAAGAAAGCACCUUUCAAAAAAUGUUUUGCCCUCUUCCAAACGAGGUAAGAAAGGUGGUAAACUGGGAGGGCAAUACACUGCAAAAGAUUUGGGUAGGUGGAAGCCAAUAGAUGAUUUAGCUCUUAUUAUUGGAGUCCAACAGACCAAUGAUUUACGUACAGUUCACUUGGGAACAAAAUUUUCUUGCAAGUUUACUGUGCAAGAAUUACAGCAAAGAUGGUAUGCUUUGUUAUAUGAUCAAGCAGUAUCUAGAGUAGCGGUCUCUGCAAUGAGAAAUUUGCAUCCUGAUAUGAUAGCAGCUAUCCAGGAUAGAGCGUUGUGGAGCCAACAAGAAGAAAAAAUAUUAAGUACUAUUAAAUCGAAUACCACACCACCACCUACCCUAGAAACAUUCGCGGAACUGCUCUCACAACAUCCAGAUGUGUUUUACACAGGACGUACUGCAUCUUCUCUAUUUCGCCAUUGGCAAAGUCUCAAAAUGUACAACUUGCUACCAGAUCAGACUGUAGGACCGCUGCCAACUUCUGGUCGGCCUAUAAUGACCUUUAAUGAUGCUGAAGAAUUUGUACAAGAUUCUGAGCUAACAGAACCACCUGAUGAAGCAUUGGAUAGAGAGCUGAGAUUACAACAGAGGAGAAAUGUCAAGGAAAUUAGACAAUUGGAGAAUGAGGUGGGAAGAUGGAACGUUUUAGUUGACAGUGUUACUGGUGUCUGCCCAGGUAUGUUAGAUAACCAGACUUUAGCUGUCCUAAGGGGAAGAAUGGUUAGGUACUUAAUGAGAAGUAGGGAAAUUAGUAUUGGACGAUCCGGGAAAGGUCAUGUUGUAGAUAUAGAUCUGGCCCUAGAAGGACCAGCACAUAAGAUUUCUAGAAGACAGGCUACUCUAAGAUUGAGGAACACUGGUGAAUUUUAUCUUUCAUCAGAAGGCAAGAGACCAAUUUUUGUUGAUGGUAGACCAAUAACAGUAGGUAACAAAGUUCGCUUAUAUGAUAAUGCAGUCGUCGAAAUUGCCUGUUUAAGAUUCAUUUUCUCCAUCAAUCAAGAUUUAAUAAGAGCUAUUCAUAAUGAAUCUAUGAGGUACAAUUUACCUCCAUAAUUUCUAAUUGUAUUUUACAUGUAUUUGUAGUUCUAAUUUGUAUUCUAUUAACUGUUUUUGAUUAUUAUGGUAAAUGAAUUGAAUUCUUACUUGAAAAUAAAU